AUGAAAGUAAUCGGAUUUCUACUGUGUUUACUGGCUGUGACCAGUCUCCGGUCGGGUGCAGCUGCCCUGGACUCCAAGCAGGAACAGAUGCGAACCGCGAUACCAUGGCUGCUCCUACUAUCCUAUCCGGGGGGCCUGCCACAGGUUGGUGCCCCAUUGCCCGGAAUACCCGUUCGAAGACCCCUGGACGAGACAUCGCAAUCCAGCUCUAACAUGAAGCUGCCCCUCUCCGAUGAGACGACGAACAGCCAGCCAGCUAGCGACUUGGUACGCGAGCAGUUCCUGCAGGGAAUCCUACAGGGUCUACAGCAACCUGGUGGCGGAGCAAGUUCACCCUCAGCCGCCAUGCUGGCAGACUUUAUCGCCCAGGCCACCACCACAACUCGAAAGCCAGCGGUGGAAAAGGAUUUGAAGGCUCCUGGAAACGACGAGGAUUACGACUAUAUAGACUUUAAAAACGGAUCGCGCAUCAAGUACGAUCUGGAUGGGGCGGAGCAGCCGGUGAAUAAAGUUCUUCAGCAGACCACAACCCGUCCCCCAGUGGCUCGUCCCCAAAGCCCUAGCAGUGUGGUCUAUUAUAGACAGCCAGUGAGAUAUGUUUAUUAUAGACCCGCCUAUAGACCGAUUGGAUAUUACAACAGAGUUGGCUAA